AUGUGCGCCGCGCUACGUGUUUCGUCCAACACAACGGGGAGUCAGUCGGAGCCGCUAUCCUGGUAUGGAUCGUCGCGCUCCCGCGGCCGCGCGUUUCUACGUUUGUCCUCCAAUCCUGAUCGGCGGCGAGUGACGCGUCCGCGAUCGCGGAUCGAUCGCGGUGCCCUCGCGGCGAUCCCUCGAUCUCGAGUGAUCGGACAAUCGUUGCGUCGCGGCUGCCGCAUCGAUCUCUCAAGUGAUCAGCGAUCAUUCGUCGCGGUUGCGCCAGUGUCGCGCAGUGUCGUGUGUCGUCGAUAGUGUUACGCGAGAAAGGCGCUUCCCGCAGGUGAGAGAGCUCCUCUUCCUUUUUUUUUCGCUCCUCGGACGGAUGCCGCAGCCGCGGACCGCCGCGAAGUUUGCCGCGACCCCAAUCGUCGGGUUGGGGGCUCUCUCGCCUGAUUUACCGUUCGCUAGCAGCGUGAAUGAAGCGCGCGACGCCCACGCGAUAGUGUCGAUCGCGCCUUCGCACGGCGGAUCGCUUUUGCCCGCCACUCCGCCGAGGACACUUGUCAAUAACACAUCCUGUGGUCGCGGACGCGCGGAUCAGCCGGCGUCCGACGGAGGAAUUUGUGAUCCCCGGUAGCUCGUAGCUCGCGAUGGCACGGAGCAACUCGUCAUCCUCGUCGUCUGCGUCCCCGCGAUGCCGCUUUCGCGUGGCGGCUCGACGGAACAUCGCGCCAGCGGACCUGGAGACCACUGUGAGAGCGUGUUAACGCGGACGGCGAGCGACAGCGGCACGAAGGAGUCGCGGAGAAAGGAUCUAGUUUCGUGACGAACCGGCUACGCGCGCAGCGCGCGGUUCAAUAGACGAUAACGGUGCUGGACGUGUCGCAAUGUGUUCGCGUUUGUCUGCCGAUCGCCGCGCUUGACACCGUGUUCCCCGAUCCCGUGCACAUCCCGGUCGACCUGCAAAAGGUAAGACGAGAGAGGAGACUCGCGGGGAGCGGCAACGCGAGCUGGAGCAACGCCGCGGAGGAUCCUCGACGACGACGAGUUCGACACUCGAGCGUGAACGAUUACGUCGAACGCUGCGCGCUGGCGAUCCCGUUGAGCGGAAAGGGGGCGAAAUCGCAGAGCCCGAGAGUGAAAGAGAAACGUACGUACGUCGUGCGCGAUCGUCGAGUCGCAGCGCGAAGACGGGUGAAGCGGGGACAAAAGGGGACGGGAACGUCAUCCUGUCAUUAAAAGGAACGGCGGAGCAGAAGAGGGACGGGACGGGAGGAAACGAGGGAGAAAGCGGAAAAGUAGACGGAUGAAGAUACGGGUGUAAUCGGGGGAGAACGAGGCAGCAGAGUGACCAGGAGGAACGAGACAAAGAAGAGCGCAGAAGGAAACACCGUCGUCGCGUUCGCGGAGGAGGAACGACGAGGAGGACGGCAGGAUCGGCAUCGCGGAAACGGAGAGCUGGCCUCGGCACCGCGGAGAGCGCAGAGACCAAUGCUCAGGAUCGUACGACGAUGGCCGAAGCCCCGUCCGAGAAUGUCCCGAGGCCCGUGAGCGUCGUCGCCGUCGACGGCGCUGCCGUGGACAACGCCAGGAGUGACGCGGACCGGGAAACGCGAGACAAUGCUCGGUCCUUCACCUCGACGGAGGCGCAGACGGAGGGUCUGGCACUUCACGGUGGGCCGCCGAGUCAGACCGAGGAGGUUUCCGAUGGCAUGCGAGACGCGCGUAGGCGAGAACGGCGAAUACGCCGACAGCAUCGUCGCGCUCUGAGAUCGUGUUCUAUACCGCCGACGUAUCCCGCGGCCGCGCCUGGCUGCCAGGCAGCUUCGACCGCGCCAGGGGUUCCGCUAGUGCCACCCGCCAGGGGUUUCCUUCACCCACCGCCUCCACAUUUGGGUCUCCGAGGUCUUAGCCUCGGUCUGCCCUUUCCCGUACCUGCGAGCGUCUUCGGAAGGGACGCAGUGCCGAAACAGUGUUGCGGUUUAAGUUCUCCGCCAGUACGUUGGUCCAUACUGGGUGUCGGCUUCGUAGGUCUUGUCUGCGCCGGUGCCGGUACUCUCCUCGGCGCUCUCAAGGCUUCCGGCCGUGAUCACUUCGUGGGAAUAUUCAUGUCUGGUAUAGGAGUGCUGUUGGUAUUGGUGAGCGCAGUCGCAUGGCGAUUAACCAACCAAAAUUAUUGCGGCAGCUUCUUGGGUUUCACAGGUAUCUCUAGCAGGAUACCGCCCGCGAGGCCGAUACAUCCGUACGCCGCUAUGAUCUAUCCGGAAUUCCAGUUUAGAACGCCGCCACCAAGUUACCAGGCUAGUAUGCAGGAGUACAGACUCCGGUUAUUACUGUUGGACCGACUGCAGCCCGCAUCAUCGCCGCCGCCGACUUACAGAUCGAACGCAGGGAGCAUCGUGGCGCCCGGUACAGCGAGAGAGAGUCGGCCGCCGAGUUACUGCGCCGAGACCAACGUCACACCGAGCAACGUCGCGCUGGUACCUUCGAAGAAGGAUGCGAAUCUCGUGAGGAUUGUCCAGACCGAAUCCGAGCCAGUCAUUCUCAGUGGCGAUCAGACGCCACCCGUGGCCGCUGUCGAAGUACUGGCGCAUCUUUAAACCUAAGCGUUCUCUCUCGUGCUUGGCCAUUUCCUUUGUUUUUUUUCUCUCAAGAUUUUCAAGCGAUUGUGAUCAUGUACCUAAAAAAACGACGAUGUCGUAAUCGCGCGUAACUUAAUUGCGAGUUAUGAGGAAGGAUGAAGAUUGAGUACACUAUAGACGCCAUGUAUGCCUUCACGCUAGAUAUGCAUUCCAGGUCGAACGCAUCGUGUGUAGAUAUAUUAUAUUCGUGCAUCGUGACACGGAGCUGCGUACACGAGCUAUGCACAAUGUAUGUGUACAUAGGCCUACACGUAAUACGAAGAGACCCGAUUUACGAUUCUUUUUAGUUGGGGAAAAUUAUAUUUUAUAUUUAUCUCAUCAACGUUUCACGUAAGUAUGAAAUAUAGUUCUCCCCGAGGCGCUUCGUAACCAAUAUUAGAUUGAUUAAAAAAUUUGUUCGCUCAUUUUUUCCCAUGUUUGUUGGCGAUAAUAAAUAUGAAUUUUACUCUGAA